UAGUUCUCUCUCAAUAUGGAGGUCAAAAACACAAACCAGUUAGAAAAAAACAUGGAUUCCACUUAUGAUAGGAAAGCUGAAGUGAAAGCCUUUGAUGAUUCAAAAGCUGGUGUUAAGGGUCUUGUAGAGUCUGGAGUCACAAAGAUCCCACGUAUGUUCCAUUCUGGAAAGUUGGAUUUGGAUAUCAUUGAAACCUCAGGUGGUGACUCCAAGUUGAUUAUCCCCAUCAUAGACUUCAAAGACAUACAUUCUAAUCCAGCUCUGCGUUCAGAAGUAAUUGGCAAAAUUCGAAGUGCAUGCCAUGAGUGGGGAUUUUUCCAGGUGAUUAAUCAUGGAAUUCCAAUCAGUGUCUUGGAUGAGAUGAUUGAUGGAAUUCGUAGAUUUCAUGAACAAGACACUGAGGCAAGGAAGGAGUUCUAUACUCGGGAUUCUAAGAAAAAAGUUGUGUACUUUUCCAACCUUGGCUUGCACAGUGGCAACCCUGUUAAUUGGAGAGAUACAAUUGGUUUUGCUGUUUCUCCUGAUCCGCCCAAACCUGAGCAUAUACCAUCUGUAUGCAGGGAUAUUGUGAUUGAGUAUACAAAGAAAAUAAGGGAUGUGGGUUUUACAAUCUUUGAGUUAUUGUCAGAAGCUUUGGGACUUAACUCUUCUUACCUUAACGAAUUGAGUUGUGGUGAAGGACUCUUUACUGUGGGUAACUACUAUCCAGCAUGCCCUGAACCUGAAUUAACUAUGGGCGCUGCCAAGCACACAGAUGGUAACUUCAUGACUUUACUUCUACAAGACCAAAUUGGUGGUCUUCAAGUUCUUCAUCAGAAUCAAUGGGUCAAUCUUCCUCCAGUACAUGGAGCUCUUGUUGUAAACGUAGGAGACCUUCUACAGCUCAUCACAAAUGACAAGUUUGUCAGUGUGUGCCACCGGGUCUUAUCAAAGAAGACAUGCCCAAGAAUUUCUGUAGCAAGCUUCUUUGGGACCUUCUUUGGACAUUCGGAUGACCCAGUUGAAGGUUUACAGAAGUUAUAUGGUCCAAUUAAGGAACUAAUUUCAGAAGAAAAUCCACCAAUCUACAGAGACACUACCAUAAAAGAUUUCGUGGCAUACUACUAUGCAAAGGCCCUUGAUGGAAAAUCUUCCUUGAACCGCUUCAGGUUGUGAAUCGAACAUGGGAAUGCACUCUUUACGGUGCGUAUGCACGGUAAAGAGUGAGUUUGUGCUUAUUGAGUUUAACAAUAAAAUUUAUUAAAUAAUGUAAAUUCAUAUGAAUGAUGAUUUGAAAUGUAAUUUUAUUUAUAAUUUAAAUAAAAACAGAGUUGAAUAUAAA